CAGCCUCCCUUACAAUCUUUUUUUUCCUCUCCCUUUUUUUCUUGCCUUCUCCUUCUUCACUGAAGCCUAGGGGAGCCAGUAAAGAUUAAAUGUGCUUUCUCAAAGGCAGCCACUUCAUGCUGCUACAUCGAAAGGGCCAUUAUUAUUUUUAUUUUUAAUAGUAAAAGAAAACGGGGGGGAGAGGUAGGCUGGGGUGGGGGAGAGGCAGACUAGGUAGGAUGGUGACGGACUAGCCUUCCCGAGAGGAAAAGGAAAAGGGAAGGGAAAGAAAAAGGAGAGACCCGAUCUGAGCUGAGGAUGGUGCCUGAGAAGAACCCACCGAGGAGCCGGCGGUCCUCCCGUAGAAAAGCCCAGCGUCCCGGCGGACGGGGGAACCGACCAUCAGGUACAUUACCAGUGGCCGCCUGCGAGGAUGGAGGGGGACUGUGCUUCCGAUUCCGCCGAAAUAUUGGCAAAACGCUGCCCAGGCCCAGCGGCGGGCGAGGCGGGGAACGCCGUCUCCCGGGGGCCCCCACCCUCCCGGCCCCCACCCUCCCCGCUCCGCGUCCGCCGAAUGACAGCCCCGGGCUGGCUCCGUCCGAGACUUGGCCUUGGCCUCCGCGGAGCAACUGAAGCCCAGGAGGCGCGUGUGCAGGGCCGGCCAAGUGCGCGCGAAGGAAGAAGAGGACGAGCCUUUUCCAAAGCAGCUCUGGGAGGUUUUUCAUUCUUUAGUUAAAAUAAAGAUAAUGACUGCACAGUCUCCAUAUCUGAUCAGCCCCAGUCCUUCCUCGCGCUCCCACCUCUGCUGCCCCUUUCCCUCCCUCUCCGGCCGAAGCCGAGGGGCAGAGUCGCGCCCC